CGUGAUACCCCCGCAUCUUCUUGCAGAUACCCUAAAGGUGCUAGUGCCUGUUGAUUUCAACAAGUCGCAUCCCCACGGAGCCUCGUGCAACGGCGUCAGUGUGCAACGUUUUUCUGUCCAAACCUCAUACCCCGACACAUCUUCGGACCUCGUGCCGCUGCGUUUUGGAUUUAAACAACUGAGUUAAGUCUUUCGGGCCUCUGUAACAUACCAUGGGCAACAAGACAUCGAAAUAUCGAGGACAGCAUUAUCCCAGCGAUACCGAUCUGCCGGUUGAAUACCUGUACCCCUCAGAGAAGCGCAGAGGCAAACGGAAAGCCCUCUCCGAAUCAUACAGAGCCUUCUCCGAGUCGUAUCCUGUCAUACCUCCAGGUUAUCCACCUGCUCGAUAUUACCCACAAUAUGUCCCCUAUCCUCAGAUGAACCCGUAUUAUCCUCCCAUCCAGUAUGGCAUGGUCCCUCCUGCUCCCUUUCAAAUGGCACAAGGAUAUCCUAUAGGCCAGCAUCGACACAAUGCCUCAGCACCAGUCAUACCCGGAGCCACUGCUCCCCCACCAAAUCGCAUGCACGCGCCUCCUGCCAAUGCUGCACCACCACCACCACCUCCGCCGCAGCCAGUCGUACCAGAUCCCGCGUCGCAGCCCCCUCCCCCACAGAUGCAGAUGCCAGAGCCAGAGUCGGAGUCAGAGUCAGAGUCAGAUCCCGAACCAGAGCCCUACAUCCCCGCCAAUCCCAAUGACGCUCCUGUAAUCCCCGGCGACCCCAACGCACGAGGAAUGCCAAUGCCCCAGCCACCUAUGCCUCAGCACCACAUGUAUCAGCCGCCAGCUAUGCCCGCGUACGCGCCGGAUGGGCGUCCGCGAUUCACCGAUUUUUACAGACCAAACCUGACGCCCACGCCUGGCCCAGGGGGUCAGCCCUUUAUUCCGCCUACACCUGGCCCUGGAGGUCACGCAGGAGCGGCGCCAGGCUUUAUACCAAAUCAUCCUCCUCCGCCUCCACAACCGGUAGACCCAACGCCCCCACCUGAUAUGCCACAACCCGGUGUCAUACCCGGGAUGCCCGGUAUGCCUGGGCCAGCUGGUAUGCCAGGCAUGUCAGGUAUGCACGGCAUUCACGGUAUGCACGGUAUGCACGGUCCUCCGCCACCAAUGAUGCCCGGCACGAUGGGCGGGCCGCCUCUCUUCCCCCAGCGCCGGCACAAUCCCCUGCCCCGUCCGCCCUCAGACAUCUGGAAUAAGACGCCGUACCGCGCCGUGCUGCAGAGCCUGCCGCACGAGAUCGACGGCAUGCUCCAGGCGCAUUUCUCCGACACGGACAUCGACACGUCUGACCGGGGCCGCGGCGGCUCGGUCUCACGCCUCGGCGGGCUAUUCAAGCGUAAGAAGAAGAACCAGCAAGCCAGCGAUCCUUUUGCUUUUGGUGGAGGUGGUGGUGGUGGUGGUGGUGGUGGUGGUAGUGGCGGCGGCGGUGCAACUGGGCUAUUCCGCACGUUCAGCAACUCGGUGCGCGGGCACGGGAGCCGGAGCAGCAGCCGGCAGGGCUCACACCGGCGCGCGAACACGAUGCACACCAUCGUCGUCCCGCCCUCGGGCGCUGUGCCGCACGAGACCGCGGGUAUGAGCUUCCCGCCGCCGCCCGACGGUGGCAGCGAGAUGGAGCCGUCUGAGCCCGUGCGGUUCAACCACGAGGGCGUAUUCUCUGGGUUCGUGAAUCACUCGCCGCACCGCGUUAUGUGGAAGAACAAGAUUUACCCGACGGCGCUGCACCUGCUCGAGGCGAUGAAGUUUAUCAACAAUCGGCCGGAUCUGGCGGAGCGCAUCCGCAAGACCACAGAGGUGACGGAGAUGUACCCGUUAUCGGCGAGCUUUCAGGAGCACGUCCGGCCGGAUUGGGGCGCGAUGUUCCUCAGGAUUAUGGAAAACGUUCUUUAUGAAAAAUUCAAACAACAUCACACUCUUCGGACGUUGCUACUUGAUACAGGUAUCGCAGAUAUUAUCUUUGACGAUGUGAACACGUUCUGGGGCGAGGGUGACGAUGGUGAUGGUGCCAAUGAACUUGGCAAAGCCCUGGUCAGGGUUAGGGACAGGCUUCGAGGCGAGGUUGGUCUUUAA